AUGGGGUUUGGCACCAAAGCACAUCAUCGUCAAACAAGAGGGUUGUACAGAGACAAAGGGCACAAGCUUGAUCAGAUCAGCGAAACACCAUCAGCUGGAAAGCUCGUGUGUUGUGGGAUGCUGGAGUACGUGGGGCCAAAGUGGCGCACCUUCGUGGCCAACAUGUCGAUAGCGUUGUUCUUCACCUUCGCCGCGUGCGCCCUGCCGUGGAUCGCCUACUUCCUGGCCGACUGGCGACUGACGUGCGUCGCGACCUCGGUGCCACUCGUACUCGCGGUGGCUGCUCCCUGGCUGGUGCCGGAGAGCGCGAGGUGGCUCGUCAGCCAAGGCCGGGUCGACGAGGCCCUGAGGAUACUCGGCAAAUUCGAGAGGAUCAACGGCACCAAGGUACCCGACCACGUUUACAGGGACUUCAAGGACACGUGCGCGAGGGCCCGCAAGGACGAGGAGGCCGACAAGUCGUACUCGGUCCUGGACCUCUUCCGGAGCCCGAGGCUGCGAAACAUCACGGUCCUCCUCAUCGUCAUCUGGAUGGCCAUCUCGUUGGUGUUUGACGGCCAUGUGCGUAACGUCGACAACCUGAGGCUCGACGUGUUCGUGACCUUUACCAUAGCCUCGGCGACCGAGCUGCCGGCCGACACUUUUCUCACCCUCGUGUUGGACAGGUGGGGCAGGCGUUGGCUCGCUUGCGGCUCCAUGGCCAUCUCCGGGAUCUUCAGCAUCUGGGCGAGCCUCGUCACCAACAACAUAUACGCGGCGACGCUCGCGAUAAUGGGCCGGUUUUGCGUGAACAUAUCGUACAACAUCGGGCUGCAGUACGCGGCCGAGCUCCUGCCGACGGUGGUCAGGGCGCAGGGAGUCGCGCUCAUCCACAUAAUGGGCUACGUGGCGAGCAUAGUCGCGCCCUUUGUCGUCUUCCUUGAGGUGGUGUCGCCGGUGCUGCCGCUCUUUAUCCUCGGGGUCUUUCUCCAGAUACUAAUUUAA